AUGGAGUUCAGAAGCAAGCUCUCAAUUGGAUCCACCGUUGUGUCAUUCAGUGACCCCAAGCUCAAGUACAAGAUCAAGAAGCGCGUCGGACACGGUGGCUUCGGCAAUGUGUUCGAGGUUCAGAGGCUCAAGGACCAGCAAGUCUUUGCCAUGAAGGUUGUGUCCACGGUUGGCUACCAUCGCAACCAACCCAACGAAGUCAUCUUUCGUGCCGAGGCCACGCGACUCACGCAAACCAAGAAUCAUCCCAAUAUCAUGGAGCUCCUGGACCUUCUCGUCUUCGAAGAUCUGAAAGAAGGCGGCCUUAUCCUGCAGUUCGCUACCGAGGGCAACCUUCACGAUCUUCACCGUCGACUUCCCAAGAACCAACAUGCAGCUUUGUCGCAGCUCGUGACUUAUGAAAUGACCGAAGCCCUUCAUCACAUCCACACCUUGAAGCCAGCAAUCGUCCAUAGAGACAUCAAGCCUGACAACAUCCUGGUCUUUCUUGCUGGCACCGAGCGUAAGCCACACUAUCUUCUCAAGCUCGCCGACUUCGGUAUCUCCAAAACCGUCGACGAUGACACAGACCCAGACCUUCCCCACGAUCCCAUGUCUGGUCGCGCCUGGGCGCCUUACAGAGCUCCCGAGACUGCAAAGGAACUCGGAGACGUUCACACUCGAGGCUUCGAAAGUAGAGCAGACAUCUGGUCUCUUGGAGUUCUUCUGUUGAAAAUCUACAAUACCACUGUCAACAACUUCUUGGUCGCGCCCACUCGCUGCAGCAUUCCCACACAGGCUCUUCCCCUGAUCAAAGCCAUGCUGACUCAAGAUCCUUCAAGACGUCCUGCAGCCCAAGACUGCAAGAGAUACCUCUGGUACAAGGAAGGAGCCAGCGCAGUCGUCCACAAAGUUGCCGAAGGAUCCAAGGACAACAAUCCUCUUGGUGACGGCAUGAAGCGCCUGAGCAUCGACUAG